UGUCAUUACUGUAAUUUCCCUUACCAGGCAGUCUAGCCUUGUCGCAGCCUUCUUGCAAGACCCUACUCGACGUCCUAAAAUAUCCCCGUGGGGCUCAAAAUCUCAUACUAUACCUUUGCUUAAACCAUGGCUCCGCAGUACGCCAACGACAUGCCUCAAGGCUUUACUAACCGCAUUGAGCGGGUCGCUAUCGUUGGAGCAGGCGGCCAAAUGGGCGCGCACUUUGCGAAAACUCUCCUCGAGACCGGCAAGCACACCGUAACCGCCCUGACGCGCCAUGGCAGCACGAACGAGCUCGCGGCCGGCGUCAAAGCGGUUAUCGUUGACUACGAUGAUGAGUCCAGCAUCGUCGACGCCCUAAAAGGCCAGCAGUUUCUUAUCAUCACCCUCGGCGCCACGGCCGCUCCGGACACCCAUUCCAGGAUUGUUCAGGCGGCCGCUAAAGCCGGGGUUCCCCGCAUCAUGCCCAACAUAUACGGCCUGGACGACUCCAAUGAGGCUCUGAUCAGCGAGAACCCGCUGAGCGUCGACUUCACGAGCAUUCUCGCGGAAAUUGAGUCUUCCGGCUGCUCCUGGACCUCCAUGGUCUGUAGCAUGUGGUAUGAGUUUAGCCUGGCCAUGGGCCCUAUCUGGUUCGGUUUUGAUUUCACUAACAAGAAGCUUACCUUGUUCGACGACGGCAAGACUAAGAUCAACGUCACUACGUGGGAGCAGUGCGCGCGCGCCGUAGUCGCGCUGCUGAGCUUGAAGGAGCUGCCCGAGGACGAAAACGACACAAGCCUAACGGUCGACACCUGGCGCUACAAGCCGCUCGUCAUCUCGAGCUUUUUGAUUAGCCAGGUCGACAUGUUCGAGAGCUGGAAGCGCGUCUCCGGCGAUAACGACUCGGACUGGAUCGUUGAAGAGGAGCCUAGCAAGGAGCGCUAUCAGAAGGCCAUGGAGCUGAUGAAGAGCGCACAGGAUCCCAUGUCUGCGCGCAUGGGCGCCGCGUCGGCCUCGUUCGUCAGGACGUUUUUCCCUAACGGCGGGGGAGAUUACGAGAGCACGCGCGGUCUGGACAAUGAGAAGCUUGGGCUUCCUAAGGAAGACCUCGAUGAGCGUACCGCUGUCGCCAAAAAAAUGGUGGAGGAGCAAUAUGCGGCCAAGUUGUUUGCUAAGAUGACCGCGACUUAAGACGGGGGAGCCAAGAUAGUUUCCCACCAAAGAGAUCUUCUUGAAUGAGCAA